GGUCUGAUCGUUAUCGAGGGCUAGCUGUUAAAGGUUCAGCUGAGUUCAGAGUACUAUAAUGAUCAUUAAACCCUGCUGCACUUGGUUUUCUUUCGUAGUUUGCUCUGCUUUGGUUGCUAAAGCUGGAAGCAAAGAAUAAAAGUAGAAAACAGACGGACAAAAGGAAGAAUAGCAGCAACAUAUGCCCUGUUCUCCUCAAGUCCAAGUGAGUCGACUGAUUGAAGACAGGCUGCUGUGGAUCCUAGCCAUGGAUGAAAAGAUGACACCUUUGGACUGCCUGCUGCCCUCAGGCAAACAGAGGAUCUGUCUGAUCAUACUGAACCAGCCGCUGGAUAAGGACCACCUACAUAUCCUCUGGAGUAAAGCUCUCUUGAGGGCAUGUGCUGAUGGAGCUGCUAAUCACCUUCAUAACAUCACAGCUGGGGAUCGCGACAGCUUUCUCCCCGACUAUAUCAGUGGGGAUUUUGAUUCCAUUACAGCAGAGGUCAAAGCUUUCUAUGCAGACAAGGGGUGCAAGCUGAUAGAAACAGCUGACCAGGAUCUUACGGACUACACCAAAUGUCUUGCAAUCAUGGUGGAGGAGAUUCAGAAGCGACAGCUACAGGUGGAUACAAUAGUGACACUGGGUGGUCUGGCGGGCAGAUUUGACCAGGCCAUGGCAUCUGUGGAAACCCUCUACCACGCUCUGUCAAUGACACAACUCCCACUGUUGAUCAUACAGGGAAAAAGCUUGGCAUAUCUACUCAGACCUGGCAGCCACAGACUGGAGGUGAAUACAGGUCUGGAGGGGGACUGGUGCAGCCUGAUUCCAGUAGGUGGACCCUGCCAGACACUCACCACUGGGCUCAAAUGGAACCUGAAUAAUGACGUCCUGCAGUUUGGCAAGCUAGUAAGCACCUCCAACACUUAUGAGCCCACUGACCCCGGAAAGCCCAGGAAGGCCGUAACCGUGACCACAGACCAGCCUCUUCUUUGGAGCAUGGGCAUCGGUAAAAACGGGGAAUGACAAAGAAGAGAAAUCUUUCUUAAUGGAAGUGAAAAAUGUGGAAUUGUGACCUAGUUUCUCCAGAUCAGCUACGGGAAAAAAAAAAUCUCAGGUUUUACACAUUUGAACAGGCUUUUUAAUUUUUGUUCGCUCAGAUAUAAAUGAAAAAUCUAAUGCUGAAAAGCUAAUUUCUUUGCUGUAACCAUGGUGACCACUGUCUUUUGAAUAACAUACUCAAACCACAAUAGUCGUGAAUGCCAAAUUAUUACUACUCUGAUGGUAACGUGAAGUGGCACUAUACAGUUAAACUCUAUUCCUACCUUGAGCUUCUACACUGCAGUGUUAAAUUCAAAAUGAACAAUUCUGUUUUAAUAUCUGCACAUUAUUGCCUACGUGUGUCCAGAUAUCCUUUGCAUAGCAGCAUCCCGCGUGUGCCUUUGAGGUCAAGACGAUGGGCCUGCCUUCUGUGGCUGUUAGCAAUCUCUAUGGAUUAAAUCAAAUUG